CGCCCCCCGCUUCCCCCCGCGCCCGGGACGCCGAGGCCGAAGAGGAAGCGGCCGUUGGAGCUUUCAGUCACUCAAGUGCAGCCAGUGAUCACGAGAUGUUACCACGAAAUCUACCUCACGCUUGGCUUUUGCUCAUCCACUUGCUGCAUCAUUGGGAGGCUAAACAGGAACUGAGCAGGCGCUCCUGAAAGUCGCUGGGCAGACUCUGACGUCACGUCAAAGCAUGAUGACCUAACAGGAGGUCGAAGUCCAAAGCAUUGAUUCAGCAGUGCAGGAUAAACUGCCUUUUGUUACCAGUAUUGCUUCUCACAGCUACAGACCUCCGACGUUUCUUCCCUGGUUACUUCAGAAACAUUCAGCUGAUCUUUUUCUGGCAGAAAGAUCCUGACUUUUCUCUCUGGUCCUGGAGAUAUUAAUGGAAUACAGUCAUGUCUACCCAGGACGAGAGGCAGAUAAAUACAGAGUAUGCUGUGUCCUUGCUGGAGCAGUUAAAAUCCUUUUAUGAACAGCAGUUGCUAACUGACAUAGUAUUGAUCGUUGAGGGCACUGAAUUUCCCUGCCAUAAGAUGGUCCUUGCAACGUGUAGCUCGUAUUUCAGAGCCAUGUUCAUGAGUGGGCUGAGUGAAAGCAAACAGACACACGUACAUCUGAGGAAUGUGGAUGCAGCCACUUUACAAAUUAUCAUAACUUAUGCAUACACGGGUAACUUGGCAAUAAGCGACAGCACAGUAGAACAGCUUUAUGAAACUGCCUGCUUCCUACAGGUAGAUGAUGUGCUACAGCGAUGUAGGGAAUACUUAAUUAAAAAAAUUAACGCAGAAAAUUGUGUGCGUCUGUUAAGUUUUGCCGAUCUCUUCAGCUGUGAGGAGCUGAAACAGAGCGCAAAAAGAAUGGUGGAGCACAAGUUCACGGCCGUGUACCACCAGGAGGCCUUCAUGCAGCUCUCCCAUGAUCUCCUCAUAGAUAUUCUAAGCAGUGACAAUUUAAACGUGGAGAAGGAGGAGACAGUUCGCGAAGCGGCCAUGCUGUGGCUGGAGUACAACACGGAGUCGCGGUCGCAGUAUUUGUCCUCGGUUCUCAGCCAAAUCCGGAUUGAUGCCCUCUCGGAAGUGACGCAGAGAGCCUGGUUUCAGGGCUUGCCGCCCAAUGACAAAUCGGUGGUGGUGCAAGGGCUCUACAAAUCGAUGCCCAAGUUCUUCAAGCCCCGGCUGGGCAUGACUAAAGAGGAGAUGAUGAUCUUCAUUGAAGCUGCUGCUGAGAACCCCGGGAGUCUUUAUUCCUCUGUUUGUUACAGCCCCCAGGCAGAAAAAGUUUACAAACUCUGCAACCCUCCCGCUGACUUGCAUAAGGUUGGGACGCUGGUCACUCCGGACAACGAUAUCUAUAUCGCAGGAGGGCAAGUCCCUCUGAAAAACACAAAAACCAACCACAGCAAGAGCAGCAAGCUGCAGGCUGCCUUCAGAACUGUGAAUUGCUUUUACUGGUUCGACGCCCAGCAGAACACCUGGUUUCCCAAGACGCCGAUGCUGUUUGUUCGUGUGAAGCCGUCGCUGGUCUGCUGCGAAGGGUACAUCUAUGCAAUCGGAGGGGACAGCGUGGGCGGGGAGCUCAACAGGAGGACUGUGGAGAGAUACGACACGGAGAAGGACGAGUGGAGCAUGGUGAGCCCCUUGCCGUGCGCGUGGCAGUGGAGCACGGCGGUGGCCGUUCACAACUGCAUCUACGUCAUGGCGCACAACCUGAUGUACUGCUAUUUUCCCAGGUCGGAUGCCUGGGUGGAAAUGGCUAUGAGGCAAACAAGCAGGUGUUUUGCAUCGGCCGCCGCCUUUGGCGAUAAGAUAUUCUACAUCGGAGGCUUGCACAUCGCCAGCAAUUCCGGAAUCCGACUCCCAAGCAGUACUGUGGAUGGGUCUUCCGUAACUGUGGAAAUCUACGACGUGAAUAAAAACGAGUGGCGGAUGGCGGCGAACAUUCCCGCCAAGCGCUACUCGGACCCCUGUGUCAGAGCCGUCGUCAUCUCCAACUCUUUGUGCGUCUUCAUCCGAGAAACCCACAUGAAUGAGAGAGCCAAGUACGCCACGUACCAGUACGACCUGGAGCUUGACCGCUGGUUCCUCCGGCAGCACAUCUCGGAGCGUGUGCUCUGGGACCUGGGCAAGGACUUCCGCUGCACCGUGGGGAAGCUCUACCCCUCCUGCCUCGAGGAGUCCCCGUGGAAGCCCCCCACGUAUCUCUUCUCGCCAGACGGGGCCGACGAAUUCGAGCUGGAUGGGGAGAUGGUUACGUUGCCGCCCGUAUAGCUCCCAGAUUAGACUGCGCAACCAAUUCUGUGCUCAAUUAGCCCCAAAAGAAAUAUUCCUGAGAGAGCAGGUCUGGAAAUGGAAAUGUCAAACCUGUCCUCGCGAGUUGUAUUUUUAUGCUCUCCCUAACGUUGGCAGCCAUUCAGUAUAAAUCAGUGAAAUGAGCAGAUAUGCUUCCAUAAUAUGAAAUACUAUUAUCUGAUAAUUGAGAAAUAUAUGUAUAUCACAAGCUUAAGCAUCUGAUUUGUCUGAAGAAUUAAUUUCUAGUUCUAUAAAGUAUUGGCUCAGCAAAUUAGCUUCAGAAAAGUAGUUACUGUAUCUAGGAUGUUAAUGUCACAACUGCUCUGAGAGCAUCUUCCAGUUCUAUCUGAACUCCUUCUGGACAUCCUACUUAAGUGCUAGUUACGUAACUGUCAGUGUGGCCUAAGGAAGGGACUGUGCCGCACUUGAUACUAAUCUCCACGUUGGUAUAGUAAUGCCAUUAAAAGAAAAAGAAUCAAAUCCCAUGGAUCUACCUGUGGUAGGAAGGGUAGAUCUUCCAGUGUAUGGUAACAUGCAGGGCACAAUGACUGCAGGUUCAGUCAAGAUGUAUUAUUAGGUGCAUGUGGUCUAUUUUCACUAACUUAUACCUGUCUGUUUAGAAUACAGGUCUUCCAAGCAGCUGGUAGUUUACCAGGUGUGGACUUAAGUUGCUGGGCUCGCAAUGGGAAUUGUGGGCCCUCCUAGUGCGGGUCUCCGUGGAGCGUUCGUCACGAACGCCUUCCACGCUCUGUAUUACAGUAACAUUGGCUCAUGUAUAUUACUUCCUGCUGCUGAUGUAUUUUUUUUCCAUUGUAAAACAAAAGUUUUAGU